UACAUCUAUUACCAGUGAAUUAUAAUAUAAAAGUUUCGUUGAUAGUGUUUUUAUGGAGAGAAGUUCAGUCUGUUGCCUUAUCUAUGAACGUCAGAUCAAGAAUGUAGUUUGAACUUCGAUUAUUGUAAAUUUGAUUACAUGCUGAUCAAGCAAACAUGCAUAAUAUUUUGCAAUUAUGACUUCAGAUAUAUUCAAGCAUAAACAUAGAAAUGGCUUUUAGCGAUGUUAUAAUUCAUAGUUCAUUUUUUUGCAUGUUCGGAAUCAUCACUGUGAUAGCUCUGAUAUUCGAAACCUUGAAUAAAUCGUACAAGUUUUACGUCACACACUUUUUAGAUUCGUCCGUGGAUUUUGCAAAAUUUGGAAAAUGGGCGAUUGUUACAGGAUCAACGGAUGGAAUUGGAAAAGCAAUAGCACAUGAGCUCGCAAAGCGGAGAAUCAAUAUUUUUCUCAUCAGCAGGAAUUUGGAAAAAUUGACAAAGGUUGCCGAGGAAAUUGAACGUGCUUACAAAGUUGAGACAAAGAUAUUAGUGUUCGACUUCACCAAUUUUGAUCAUUCGCCAGGCUCUGGUGAUCCAUAUAACGUAAUAUCAGAAGCAAUAAAAGAUUUAGAUGUGGGAAUUAUGGUUAAUAACGUCGGGAUGCCUACAGGAGGUGUAGAUGUAUUUCAUAAAUCUCAAAAACCUGGCGAAACUCUUUCAAAAACGAUAUCUAAUCUGAUACACUGCAACGCAUCAUCCAGAGUUAAAAUGAUGGAACUUGUUCUUCCCAGUAUGAUCGCCCGAAAAAUAGGUUUGAUUAUUAACAUCUCUUCUAUGUCGGCUGCUUUCGCAUGUCCAGUACUCAACACAUACGCUGCAACAAAGCGUUUUGAUGAUACUCUAUCAGUUUCCCUUGGGCAAGAAUACAGAAAGCAUGGCGUCAUAAUUCAAAGUAUUCAACCAGGCUUUGUACAAACCAAUAUGACGAAACCUUUGGGAUCCUCCACCAAUUUAAUUUUUCCGACGGCGACAACUUACGUCCAUCAUAUGAUGAAAACUAUUGGAAAGUCUGAUUGCACGAACGGUUACUGGGCACACACCAUUUCGCUAUGGUUAACCAUGCUAAUACCGGAGGAUAUACCGGCACGGGCAAUGUUCAAAAAUUUCAUGAAGAUUGGAAAACGACUGAAAUCAUAAAACACAAAGUAGAAUUGGAUUUGUGAAUGAAGAUACGUGCUAUGUAUAAUGAAUUGAGUAGUAUGUUUUCGCAAUGAUUUCUUUUAGACAAUCUUAUCUGUCUCCACUUUUACCUUAUUUACUCCUGAACUGGCUAUCCUCAAAUCGAUAAUUGGAGAAAAACAACCAGUUACGACUGAAAUAUUUAAUUUGAAUGAUGUGUUGGUAUCAAUUAUAUCAUUUUCGUAAAAUACACUCUAUGUGAUUUGAGCAUCAUUUUGGAAUAAAUACGCGAAUAUCGAU